AGAAGAAGCGAAAUCGUCCUGAACUCUUUUAUUGACGAUAAACCUGGAAUGAUAACGGCAGUUUACAAUUUACCGUAUUACGGGAGUGGGUCUUACAUUGGGAGGGCGUUACAACACGCAAAAAGCGUCAGUUUGUCCGAAAGCAAUGGUAAUAGAGCCGAAUACAAAGACAUAGUGGUGACAGUGACUGACGGGAGGACAUACGAUGAUAUGCUUACACCUUCAAAUUCCCUGCGAGACAGUAACGUCUUGACAUAUGCAAUUGGCGUGCAGCCCACCAACGGUCGAGGUACCAGAAACGAUAAAUUGUUGGAAAUUGCCGGAAGCGAGCAAAAUCUAUUUUUGACAAACGUAAUCGGCUUCAACGGGGCUUACGAUGGUAUAAUAGCAGCAUUGGAACGUGAUCUAUGCGUAUGAUUUUAAAAAAAGGAAUACGAACAUUCAUUUAUAAUAUGCACCUUUAAUUUACCUUUUUUCAUACUUGAUCAACGCCUUAACAUAACCUAAAUUUACACAACAUCAUAAUUUGCCAAUAAGUAAUACGUACAAUGCUUUACCUAUACGUAAAACGAGUGUUCCAUUCGUAAAGUGCACGAUUUGCACUUUUGACUGCUGCAUUGUAGAAUACGCCUACUUUCUUGUAAAAGCCCUUUCUCUUUACUGUACCAAACAGAUUAAACCUUUUGCCGAUAUACUGCGCACGGAUAACAGCCAAUACAGAUACUACUACCUGAGCGCUUGCAUUCUUUUGACAACUAACAUGGCUGAGUGCUUCGACCUACAUUACAACCACACCAUUACCAGACGCUACGCGCUCUCGCCAUUUCUGAGCAAAUUUGUAGGUAACCGAUAUAUUACGCGACAGGCCAGGCACGCGGGUAGUAGAAUUUAUCGCAUGACUUCACUGUAUUUUGCCUACAUUUUUUCGUGUCGGCUGGCGGUCUCACAGAUACUUCGGUGCGUGGAGGAAUUUCAGGAGCCAGUUGUCGUGGUUUGUUCCAAGGCAGCAUAAAAUGGCAGGCAACUCUGAAAAGGAGGAAUUUUUGAAUACUACAAAUGGGCAUGGGUUGAAACCACCUAUUGAAGAGCCUACUACACCUGCACCUUUACAGAAUUCCACCUACUGUAUGUGGACAUUGUUCUUGUCAGUAUCUUCAGUAAUGAUGUCAACUGGUAUAGCUGUUGGAUCAAUUAAUUCAUCAAUGGCAAUACUUAGCACAUUCUACAAUGAAACAUACACUGCACGAUACAAUGAGACAUAUACUGAUGAACAGAACACUUUCCUUAUCGCACUUACAGUUUCCCUUAUGCUUGCUGGUGGCUGCCUUGGUGCGGUCUCUAUUCAAGUCAUCUUGCACUUCUUUAGCCGAAAAAACUCAAUGAUACUAAUGAAUUUGACCAAUAUUGUGUCAGUAAUGGUGCUCUGCUUAGGAGGUCGGCUUAUACCAUCUUAUGAGGCAGUUAUAGCUGGUCGAUUUAUUAUGGGACUCUUUUCAGGCUUCGGAAUGAAUUUAAUUCCAAUUGUUGUUUCGGAAAUCUCUGCUUUAGAAAGGCAAGCAUUUUAUCUUAGUUUAAUCGGCGUCAACCUUUCAUUUGGUGGUUUAUUUGGUCUUGUGUUGGGUUUCAAGGAGGUUUUAGGAACCAUGGAGUUAUGGCCUGUACUUCUAAGUGUUUCAGCUGCUCCAUCUCUUGUCUAUAUAGCUGUCUCACCAUGGUUGCCAGAGACACCUUCCUACCUUUUAAAGUUGGGCAGGCAUGAAGAUGCAAAAUUAACGCUGAAAAAAUUAAGAGAGAAUGUUUCAGAGGUGGAGAUCAAGCGUGCUAUUACUAUGCUGGAGAGCGAGAAAAAUUCGUUUGGAUCCUCGAAAGAGGUCACGAUGCAGGAGAUCAUUCAUCCUCCGUAUCUUCGUCAACUGAUGAUUGUGAUCAUGCUCUUUAUCCAAGCGCAACUAUGCGGGAUCAAUGGCAUCGGAAUGUACACGAACAAGAUUUUCCAAAAAGCCGGUUUCGACAGUGCCAAUGAGGCAAAUAUAGCUUCUACUAUCGUGUACACGCUGCAAUUCUUGGUAGCGCUUGUUGGGUCAGGAGCAGUUGAUAGAUACGGUCCAAGGAUGUUGAACAUAAUAUCGAGUGCUGUCAUGUCAGGCUCGCUUAUCGUGCUCACGAUUUCCUUGGCUACGUAUGAAUACUGCCAGCCGAUGGCGUACGUGAGCGUGGCUGCUGUGGCAAUCUAUGUGCUUUCAUGGGCGUGUGGUCUCAAUCUGACUCUGUUCCCGAUGUUGGGAGCGUUUACAGAUGAGGCAACAAGAGGAGCAUCUUUUACCAUCGGAGGAGUCAUCUUCUGGAUCUUCUCGUGGUUUGUCAGUUUCAUCCAACUUUAUCUUUUGGAAUGGUUGAAGUCGUUUGCUUUCCUUCCAUGGGCAAUAUUCAACUCUUUCUUCCUGAUAUUCGUCAUUAUAUUUAUCCCUGAGACCAAAGGAGUUUCCCCUUCAGCAAUAAUUGCUCAUAUACGCGGCACAAGUGAGGACUUAAGUCAUCCAGUGGUUGUGACUGAUAUUCCGAUGCAGACAAUUUCUCUCUCUACUCCUUUGACACAAGAAGAGGAGUAAAGUCCUCUUCCUUCAUUGUGCAUUAAUCAUCUGACUCCCGGUUUUUGGUUAAAUGCCGUGGUAUGUAAAUAGCCAGAGGCCGCGAAUGUUACCUGACCACAUGCAGCAUACAGCAGUUCCUUACUGCCAGUGCAACGCCCAUUUUCGUGUUGCUGAUCAAACUGAUUUUCUUGCGUUUUCGCUUUCCACUGAGAUUAUUGCUUGCAAUGUUUAAUUGUGUUUUGGUGCUUUUCAAAUAUGUCUGGAUGGUACUAACUAAUUCCUUGUUUUACCGUAGCAAAACCUUUUAGGUGUUUUUCACUCGUUUUUAGUAUUAUUAACAUUGUACUCGCCUGUCACUUUUUUCCAUAUUGUGUGUGCCCAUACAAAAUACAAUGACAAAGUUUCCUCCU